CUCCUUGAAUACGGCAAACCAAACUCAACACUCUUGACACCAUGAGCUACUACGGCAACUACUAUGGUGGCCUGGGCUGCGGCAGUGGCUGGGGAUGUGGCAGCUUCCGCAGGCUGGGCUGUGGCUGGGGAUGUGGCAGCUUCCCCAGACUGGGCUGGGGCUGGGGAGGCUACGGAUCCAGCUGCUUCCGCCCACUGUGCUAUGGAGGAUAUGGAUUCUCUAACUUCUACUGAAAUCCUGCCCUGGAAGUCCAACAUCUGAGGCCAUAAGUGAUUAACUCAAAUUAACCAAAACUUGAACCAAGCCAUAUAAGCCGGCACCGAGCCAAGCUGAAAAGUAUUUAGCAUUUUAGAUUCUAGGAAUAUUUAUCCUCUUCUACUGGCCUGCUUCAUGUCUCCUGGUAUCCCCUAUAUGCAUGUUCAUAACCGUGAAAUUUCUCAGUUCCCUUUGCAAUAAAUUAUCCUAAU